UAAAAAUGGAGAGAAGGGUUUUCGAAGCUGCACUAGAGGGAGAUGCAGCAACCCUAAAGAGGUUAUUACAUGAAGACCCUUUGGUUCUGGAUCGAACCAUAGUGAAUAUUUAUUCCGAAACACCAUUACAUGUCGCAGCAAUCCUAGGACACCAUGAUUUUGUUAAAGAAAUCCUUAGAAAAAAACCCAAACUCGUUAAGGAGUUGAACUCGAAGCAUUCCUCCCCUAUUCACCUCGCGGCGGCCAAAGGGCACGUUGAUGUGGUUAGAACCAUUUUGUUAGUCGAUCCCGGGAUGUGUUUGGCUCGUGAUAGAGAUGGCCUAACUCCGGUCCACCUUGCGGCGAUAAAAGGGAGAGUUGAUGUGUUGAAGGAGCUGAUUAAUGCAAUUUCUAUUAGUGGAUUAGUUGAUAUGAUGGGCGUGGGUGAUGAGCGGUUGGGAGAGAGCAUUUUGCAUAUGUGUGUUAAGCAUAGCCAGUUGGAGGCUUUGAAGAUUAUGGUGGAGAUGAUGGGAGACCGCGGUGAGGAUUUUGUGAAUUGUAGAGAUGCUUUUGGUAACACUAUAUUGCAUGUUGCAGUAACAGAUAAACAAAUUGAGACAGUGAAGUUUUUGCUCAUGUAUACUGCAAUAGAAGUGAAUGCUCAGAACCUAAGUGGGUUAACAGCUAUGGACAUUCUCCUUCAGAGUAGAAAUGAUGUGAAGGAGAUUGGCAUUGCACAACUUCUUAGCCACAAGGGAGCUAAACAUAAUGCAUGUCACCUCAUAAACGCCACACAAACGAGCCAAAAACCACCCGGUAACAAGAAGAAAAGCAAAAGAAAAAGACCAAAUGCAAAGCACUGGGUUCAAAAAACGCGAGACGCAUUAAUGGUGGCGGCUUCUUUGCUGGCAACAAUGGCGUUCCAGGCCGUCGUUAGCCCUCCAGGCGGAUUACUGCAAGACGAUAUAGUUAUAAGUGAGUCACAAAUCGAAAACAACAUCAAUACUAUUUUUUCUUUACAGGGAAACUCCAAUAAUUCGUCUGCUUCACCGUCUAAUUUGAACGACACAAAGAUAAAUGCAACAAUUGGGAAAUCCGUAAUGUCUUACUACAAGCCACUGGUUUAUAAUUUGUUCCUAGUGGCCAACACGACGAGCUUCCUGGCAUCUCUGAGUAUAAUACUGCUGUUGAUAAGUGGGUUGCCGCUAAGCCGGAAAUUCUUUAUGUUCAUCAUGAUGAUCAUAAUGUGGGUGGCUAUUACAGGGAUGGCGUUAAGUUAUUUCUUCUGUAUACACAUGAUUACUCCCAAGGGAAAGAACAUGAACAUAGCACAGUACUUGUUCAGAAUUGGGGUCGCUGUGUUAGAAGGACUUGCUAUGAUUCUGGUUAUAGGGCAUGCAAUUCAGAUGACAAUCAAUAUGAUAAAAUGGUUGGGCAGAGCGUUCAAGAGAAAGUCGCAGGUGAAUUCUAGUUCUGUGGUUAUGGACUCAUGGGAGUCUGGUUUAUCCAAUAAAAUUUGNACAAUGGCGUUCCAGGCCGUCGUUAGCCCUCCAGGCGGAUUACUGCAAGACGAUAUAGUUAUAAGUGAGUCACAAAUCGAAAACAACAUCAAUACUAUUUUUUCUUUACAGGGAAACUCCAAUAAUUCGUCUGCUUCACCGUCUAAUUUGAACGACACAAAGAUAAAUGCAACAAUUGGGAAAUCCGUAAUGUCUUACUACAAGCCACUGGUUUAUAAUUUGUUCCUAGUGGCCAACACGACGAGCUUCCUGGCAUCUCUGAGUAUAAUACUGCUGUUGAUAAGUGGGUUGCCGCUAAGCCGGAAAUUCUUUAUGUUCAUCAUGAUGAUCAUAAUGUGGGUGGCUAUUACAGGGAUGGCGUUAAGUUAUUUCUUCUGUAUACACAUGAUUACUCCCAAGGGAAAGAACAUGAACAUAGCACAGUACUUGUUCAGAAUUGGGGUCGCUGUGUUAGAAGGACUUGCUAUGAUUCUGGUUAUAGGGCAUGCAAUUCAGAUGACAAUCAAUAUGAUAAAAUGGUUGGGCAGAGCGUUCAAGAGAAAGUCGCAGGUGAAUUCUAGUUCUGUGGUUAUGGACUCAUGUGACCAGAUAUCUGUCGCUUGAAGUUUAGGAUAAAGACAGAAUCUUCUAAUUCAGUUUGAGUGUAUGAAUCUAAAGUUAUUAGGGGAG